ACUGCAAAGCUCCAUAUACACUCUGCCUUGCGCGGGUGGCCCUGCUGUUGCUCUCUGGGAUCUUUCAGCAGAGACGCAAGACGAUGGUCCAUGGUGCCUACAUUUCUCUCCGACCACAGCGUGAGGAAUGAAGCAUUGACAUGGGUUUCAUGGAGUUAUACCUGGAGAUUGACCCAGUCACUUUAAACCUCAUUAUUCUAAUUGCAAGCUAUGUGAUCCUGCUCCUGGUCUUCCUCAUCUCCUGUGUCCUCUAUGACUGCAGAGGCAAAGACCCCACUAAGGAGUAUGAUCCGGAGCCUCCGGCCCCACAACAGCAGCCUCCUGUUCAGCUUGUCGCGAACUCUCCACCAUCUACCCAGUAUAAGAAGCAAAACGACACCGCAGGAAACAGCUAUGUGCCACCCACCCCUGAUACACGUGAGAAGAGGAGCACACUGGUAUAAAUGGCCAGCAGGUUAUUCCUCGGAUAGGAGAACAU